UUGCCCCGGCUGUCAAUCACGGCGCGCGGGGGGUGGCGGGAUUGGAGAAGAUGGCGAGUGACAGUGGGAAGUACAGGACCGCAAUUAGCAAAAGUAAAGAUCCCUCUGGUUUACUUAUCUCCGUAAUAAGAACUCUGUCAACCAGCAAUGAUGUCCAAGAUCGAGAAGCUGAAAAGGGUCGUUUGGAGGAAGCUUAUGAGAAAUGUGACCGUGACUUGGAUGAAUUGAUUGUUCAGCAUUACACAGAACUAACCACGGCAAUCAGGACAUACCAAAGCAUCACCGAACGUAUCACUAGCUCACGUAACAAGAUUAAGCAAGUGAAAGAGAAUCUGCUUUCAUGCAAAAUGCUGCUGCACUGCAAAAGAGAUGAAUUACGUAAAUUGUGGAUUGAAGGAAUUGAACAUAAGCAUGUCCUAAACCUGCUGGAUGAAAUUGAGAGUAUCAAACAGGUACCUCAGAAACUGGAGCGAUGCAUGACAGGCAAACAUUAUCUUCAGGCUACGGACAUGCUGGUGUCUGCAGUCGAUUCUCUGGAGGGGCAGCUGCUGCAAGUAGAAGGACUGAGUGACCUACGCUUAGAGCUCCACAGUAAAAAGCUGAACAUGCAUAAGGUCCUAAUUGAUGAACUACAUCGCCACUUGUACAUUAAAUCUACAAGCCGUGUUGGCAACAAGAACAGGGACAAGAACAAACCUGGCCUCCUUGGGAAGGAUAUCUCUCCCGCUCCUCUUAUUGACAUCAGCUUGGUAUCAACCUCAAGGAAAUUUAUUGAUGCCUCACAGUACAGUGGCUCAGGGAGUACAGCUGCAAAGGAGAUAAACCUCCAAGAUAUUAAGGAGGAUCCAGAGUGCGAUCCAGAAGAGAACAGCAUACUUUUCAUGGGAAUUUUGAUAAAAGCUCUGGCAAAAUUAAAAAAAAUUCCAGAGACAGUCAAAGCAACUAAAGAACGUUUCAAUCAAGAGCUGGAACAGAUUGUGAAGCGAUCAACGACCCAGAUCGCAGAUCAUGCUUAUCAGCGUGGUGAAAUUGUGUCACAGGAGAAUCAACCAAGGUUAUUACUGGAGCUGCUAGAAUUGUUAUUUGAAAAAUUCUACGCUGUAGCUGCUGCUCAUAAAAUUGUUCUCGGCUACCUUCACCAAAUGGUUGUGUCGCCUUCUGGUUUGAACAUGAGUGAAAUCAAGCUGUAUGACAUGGCAGAAGUGUGGGCCAGGAUCCAAAAUGUGCUUCAGAUACUGUUGACAGAAUAUUUAGAUGUGAAGAACACUCGAACUGCCUCUGAACCUUCAUCGCAGCUCAGUUAUGCCAGCACUGGGAGUGACUUUGCAACAUUCUUUGCCAAAAAGAGACCUCAGAGACCUAAAAUCCCUCUUUUUAAAUUUGAAUCAUCUUCACAUGCCAUCAGUAUGAGUGCAUACCUGCGUGAACAGAGACGUGAGCUGUAUAGCAAGAGUGGAGAGCUACAAGGUGGGGCUGAUGACAAUCUAAUUGAAGGAGGUGGCACAAAGUUUGUUUGUAAACCCGGUGCUCGGAACAUCACAGUUAUCUUUCAUCCAUUAUUAAGAGGCAUUUGUUCUGAAAUGGGCCAAUGCACAAUUUGCUCAAGAGGGAGCAAAGAUGGACAAGAGGCAUAAACAACAUUUACUCUCAGACUGACAGAACUUAAUUGGAUUUUGAAUUAUUUUGUCUAAGGAAUUUGUUGUGUGAAUGCAGAAAGAACAAAGCUGAAUCUAUUUGUCUCUAUUUCCCUUCAUUUAUAAAUCACUUUUUCUUAAUUUACCUCACUAGGAAUGAAGGAAGAUUUCUUCUGUUAAUUUGGGCUUAGUGUGGGCACAGCAGUAUCAUGCAGCCUGAAUUCCCCAUAGCAAGUUAAGAAAUUGAAUUUUCCAAAUCUGGUGACUUGCAAACUCCAUUAGAAAAAUCAAUAUGAAAUUUCCAAGCUUUGUGUCAAAAGCUAAUUAGUGGACUGAUGUUAUUUAUGAAAGGAAGUCUGCCACACUAUCUACACAUAAUUUCAGCUUCAGUGAAUGACUCUUGAUGCUCUCUGAAGUAAUUUAGCCAAGUUUGUUGGUUAACACGAGUAGUACCCUGUGCUAUGAUGGACAUUCAACACCCCACCCCAGGGCACUGGGAAAUGGGCAGUGUGUCAUCUCACUAGAUUUAUUUGCUUCCUACGGACAUGUAAAGAAAUAACAGUAAAAGUAAUCUCUGCUGUUUAAUGUUUGAUAAAUGUUGUUGACUGUCAGCAUGCAGUACUCUUACAGAACAGAUUUCUAUUAUGUUGCGGGAGAACUAUCCACCUGCUUUAUGUAAUCACAUUUCUUUGUGUUACACAAGCUGCUAUGAUCUCAACUUGAAUACAAAGCACACAUCGUGCCCCAUAAUCAGGGGACUCACAACUUUGCCAUUUUCAGCUGGAUUUCACCAUAGUUAAAGUACUUAGUACAGUAUGAAUUAGGUGAAUUCAUACAAAAAAUUAAAGAAAAAAGGAAGGAAGAAAGAUUGACUUUAUUUAUCACAUAUACAUCAAAACAUACAGUGAAAUACAUUAUUUGAUUCAAAUCAAAUCAGCAGAGUUGUUUUAUUUUUUAUUUUACUUAAGAAUGCAACACAGAACAGGCUCUCCUGGCAGAACAAGCCACACUGCCCAGCAGCCCAUCUAUUUAACCCUAGCCUCAUCACACGACAAUUUGCAAUGUCUAAUUAACCCAUUACCUAACCCGCAUAUCUUUGGACAGUGGGAGGAAAACGGAGUACCUGAAGGAAACCCACAUGCAUGCAAGACAAACACGAACUCUCUUACAGAGGACACCAGAAUUGAACUCCAAUUUCCAACACCCCGAGCCGCGCUAACCUCUAUGCCCCAUGCUGAGCUGCUCACUGCCACUUCCAAAAGUGAUUUAAUCUCCUGUCUCUGCAUAAUGAAGCUCUUCAUGUUAGUAAUGCAGCGGUGUCUCUGAGGAUGGCAGCAUGAUAUAAACCAUGCUGGAUGUGAGAUACUGGAGAUUACAGAAUAAUGUACAAUAUCUUACAUCCUUCACAUACAUGAGGAGUAAAAAUCUUUACAUUACAUCUCCAUCUAAAUGUGCAAUGUGUGAUCAUAGUAAUCUAUAAUAACUAUAAUAAAUAGAACUGUCAAUGUAAUAUAGAGUACACUGAAGUCAGCAUGAGAUUUAUCACAAACAAUAACAAGGUGGCCUACAGGGAAGAAGUCAUCUCUCUGACACAGCGGUGUCAAGAAAACAACCUCUUCCUCAAUGUCACUAAAACAAAGGAGCUGGUUGUAGAUUACAGGAGGAAUGGAGACAGGUUAACCCCUAUUGACAUCAAUGGAUCUGAGGUUGAGAGGGUAAACAGCUUCAAGUUCCUCAGCAUCCACACCACCUGCUGUGUGGUGAAAAAGGCACAACAGUACCUCCUUCACCUCAGACAGUUGAGGAUGUUUGGUAUGGGUCCCCAAAUCCUAAGAACUUUCCACAGGGGUACAACAGAGAGCAUCCUGACUGGCUGCAUCACUGCCUGAUAUGGGAACUGUACAUCCCUUAAUCGUGGGACUCUGCAGAGAGUGAUGCAGCCAGCCCAGCGCAUCUGUAAUUGUGAAUUUUCCAUGAUUCAGGACAUUUACAAAGACAGGUAUGUAAAAAGGGCCAGUAGGAUUAUUGGUGACCCAAGCCAUCCCAACCCCAAUCUGUUCCAGCUGCUACCAUCCGGGAAGUGGUACCGCAGCAUAAAAGCCAGGACCAACAGGUUCCGGGACAGCUUCUUCCACCAGGCCAUCAGACUGAUGAACUCACGCUGACUUAAGUGUACUCUAUAUUACAUUAACUGUUCUAUUUAUUAUAAAUUACUAUGAUUGCACAUUGUAUAUUUCGAUGGAGACGUAAUGUAAAGAUUUUUACUCUUCAUGUAUGUGAAGGCUGGAGGAAAUAAAGACAAUUCAAUACAGGUCAGGGGGCUGUCAAGUAAUUGUCACUUAACUACAUACAUGUAUACCGUCAAACGAGACAUUUCUCUGAAUCAAGGUAUAAACUACAGUAUUUCACAUAACACACAUAUGACACACAAUAACUUAGGAAAUUAAGGAUAAAAUCUACCGAUGAAUUACACAUAAAUAAACAAAGUAAACAGCAUAAAUUAAGUACUACAUAACAGAUUAACCGGUGAGACUUUGCAUGCGAUGCGACAGGGAGUUCAGAAGUCUGAGGGCAGAAACUGUUUCCACCCUGACUCAAGUUUACGUUGUCUCAGUUAUUACAUAACUAUUGCACACUUCAUGUAUUAAAUACUGUAUUUAGAAUUCUGUAGUACCAAGGUCACUGAGUGCAUCUGAUAAUGAAUGUUUUCCAAAUGUUUUAUGAUAAGUUGAUUUCCUUGGUAGAGGUCCUUUAAUUAUCAGGACACAUUGGCUCCAUGUGAGAAAAAUGGCAUUUAUUAACAUCUCUAAGGUUAUUACUUAAAAUUACAUUGUUCUUCCAAAUGUCCAAAUGAUAUAAUUAAAUAAUGUCUGUGCCUAGUUACUUAACAGAUGCUGUAAAUUACAACUGAGUGUGUAUGUUAAGAGUAUCCUAUUCUAAAUAAAAGAUCUUCAAGUGAUCAGGAAUGCCUUAGAAAUAAGCUAAAGAAGUUUGCAUGCCACAUAACACCUGUCAGCUUA